AUGGGACUUAAUGACUGCAGAUGCAUUUUUGACAACCAGAGUCUCCAAGCCAGACAAAGACGAUUACGCAAAAUUGGGCAGAUCCAUUUGAGAGCUACCAAGUACAUGCCCCUGACAAUUGAGUUGGACGACAAGUUUGUCAUGCAAUGGUGGGUGGGCGCGUCCUUUGCAGUUCACAAGGACAUGAAGAGCCACACUGGUGCUGGAUUAACCAUGGGUAAGGGCGCCAUCAUCGCUAUCUCAACUAAGCAAAAGAUCAAUACCGACAGUUUGACUGUAGCGGAGUUGGUUGGAGUACACGAUGCACUACCUAUGAUCAUGUGGUCCAGGUACUUCAUCAUUUCACAAGGAUACGAAGUGGUCAAAAACAUCAUCCACCAGGACAAUCAGAGUGCCAUGCUGCUGGAGAAGAAUGGAAGAUCAUCUUGCGGCAGGAAGACAAGAGCCCUUGACGUGCGAUACUUUUCUAUUACUGGCAAGAUCAAGAGUGGAUUCAUGAGAGUACUUCACUGCCCGACAGCCAAAAUGCUGGGAGACUUCUUCACCAAGCCUACACAGGGAACACUGUUCUGCACAUUCAGAAACCUCAUUAUGAACCCUUCCGACCAAUACUCCUAG